CAAAUGUGAUACUUGUGCUAGCUACUGGUGGUUGUAAGAUGAUUUUAGAUGAAUGCAUACCUUCCAGGGAAACGGAGACCUAGGCCGCCCAGAUGGCCACGCCCCUGGGCUGUGCCGGCCCCUAGGCACCGCCUUCCGCUGGGAGGAGUCUUGAAGCUGGCUCCGCCCCGCUCCCGCCGCCGCGCAGCUCCCGGGAAGGGGCGGAGCUCCCUCAGCAGAGCGCCGUCGCCACGGCAACGCGGCCAUACUGGGCCAACCGACCGCGGGGCCUGGGGCUGCGUCCCAGCCUGGCCUCGCGGCAGAGCUGGCGGCAUGGACAGCCUCUACGUGGAGGAGGUGGCCGCCUCCCUGGUCAGGGAGUUCCUCAGCAGAAAGGGCUUAAAGAAGACAUGUGUGACCAUGGACCAGGAACGCCCACGCUCUGAUCUCAGCAUAAACAGCAGAAAUGAUCUUCGCAAGGUUUUGCAUCUUGAAUUUCUAUACAGGGAGAACAAGGCAAAGGAAAAUCCUCUAAAAACAAACCUUGAACUCAUUACCAGAUAUUUUCUGGAUCACUUUGGAAAUACAGCUAAUAAAUUUACUUCAGAAACCCCAAUCCCUGCACUCUCAGUUCCAAAACAAAGUGACAAAUUACCAUUGAGAUGUUCAGAGACCACGCUGGUAAAUAUAUAUGACCUUUCAGAUGAAGAUGCAGGAUGGAGAACAUCAUUAUCAGAAACAAGCAAAGCCAGACAUGACAGUCUUGAUGGGGAUGUACUUGGUAAUUUUGUAUCAUCCAAAAAACCCUCACACAAAAGUAAGCCCACGCAGACAGCCCCAGGUGGAAGCCCCACCAUGGCUUCUGCAUGGGAGAAGAUGGAAAGGCCUCACUUGUCGGAGCCUUCCUUGAAUGUAAAGAGGAUCGGAGAGAAGACCAGGCCGAAGUCUGGCCUGAUUGUGCGAGGCAUGAUGGCCGGGCCCACUGCCAGCUCCCCACAGGAUUCUUUCCGCAAACGCUCUCUGAGGAGGUCUCCAGCCUUGAGCAGCACCAUACAGCCCCAGGAGGAGGAGAGCCGGAAGGUGCCUGAGCUUGCCACCUGCCCCUCAGCCUGUCCAGCCCCCCAGGACAUCCCAGCUUUGAGCAACAGCUCCAACUCCAGGAGCCUCCUGGGUCAGCUAAGUGAACUGAUCAUAGAAAAGCAGAAAACCCCUCCCAGCAGCCCUCCCCACCUGCCCAGCAAAGGGCUGCCCCAGGGGGAGAAGGCCAGGUGGAAAGAUCUUUCAGAGGACAGCCCAGCAGUGGACAGCAGCACAGACACAGACAGGACGCCCUUGAAAUUGUGCUUGCCUGGUGGGAGUUCCAGGAUGACCCAGGAGAGGCUGGAGAGAGCAUUCAAACGGCAGGGCAGCCAGCCCCCGCCUGUCAGGAAAAAUCAGUUGCUGGCAUCUCACAAGGCAGAUGGUGAGCUGGGUGCCCUACAGCUUGAGGAUGUGGAGGACGAGAUGAUAAAGGAAGAAGUCAUCCUGUGCCCAGUCCCAUCUAUACUCAAGCUGCAGAUAGAGUCAAAGCCAAUUGACCUCUUAGUAGCAAAGGAAAUAAAGACCCUUCUGUUUGGUUCCAACUUUUGCUGUUUCAACGAAGAAUGGAAACUUCAGAGUUUUUCCUUUAAUAACACAGCCUCGUUAAAGUACGGCAUUGUGCAGAAGAAGGGUGGUCCCUGUGGGGUCCUGGCAGCUGUCCAAGGCUGUGUCCUACAAAAGCUCCUGUUCGAAGGAGAUAGCAGAGCCAACUGUGCUCGGGGGCUGCAGCCUUCAGAUGCCCACAGGACCCGUUGCCUCACCCUGGCCAUCGCAGACAUUGUGUGGAGGGCUGGGGGCCGAAAGAGAGCUGUGGUCACACUGGCUUCGGGAAUACAGCAGUUCAGUCCAACAGGGAAAUACAAAGCAGAUGGAGUCUUAGAAACACUCACACUCCACAGUUUGACCUGUUAUGAGGAGCUGGUGACUUUUCUUCAACACAGCAUUCAUCAGUUCGAAGUGGGCCCCUACGGAUGCAUCCUGCUCACUCUGUCUGCCAUCCUGUCCAGGUCCGUGGAGCUAAGAUGCUUGUAUAUGCUGCGGAGAACGUUUCCAUCAAUUCUUCUGCCUGAGCUAGCGCCAGCUGAGCGCUGUGCUGUGCCCGUCCACCAGGACUUUGAUGUUCCCACCAACUACCUGAUUGGAGCACACGGGUACUGCACACAGGAACUUGUCAAUCUGCUCCUGACUGGGAGAGCCGUUUCCAAUGUUUUCAACGAUGUGGUUGAGCUGGAUUCUGGGGACGGGAACAUCACACUUCUCAGGGGCAUUGCUGCACGCAGCGAUAUUGGCUUCUUAUCUCUCUUUGAGCACUACAACGUGUGCCAGGUUGGAUGCUUCCUGAAGACCCCAAGGUUUCCCAUCUGGGUGGUGUGCAGCGAGAGCCACUUCAGCGUCCUCUUCAGCCUGCAGCAGGAGCUCCUGUGUGACUGGAGGACCGAGAGGCUCUUCGACCUGUACUAUUAUGACGGCCUGGCCAACCAGCAGGAGCAGAUCCGUCUGACCGUCGACACCACCCAGACCACGCCUGAGGACAGAGACAAUGACCUGGUCCCACCCCUCGAGCACUGCAUCAGAACCAAGUGGAAGGGGGCGUUGGUGAACUGGAACGGCUCAGACCCCAUCCUGUGAUCCUUAGAUGUGGGUGAGCCCUAUGGCUCCACUGCUCAUCGCUGGGGGUGACAGCUGGACCCCAGGCCUCAGGGGCAAGUCUCUGAGAAGAGCGUCGCCCCUCUGGGCCAGCAGUGCUGCAGAAGCAUGCAGAGCCUCCCUGCCCCUUCCAUGAAGGGCCCACCCGGGACCACGAUGAGGGGCCCAGUGUGCUGCCGUGUCCCCUCCCAAAGACUGAGCCAGGACUGCCGAGGACUAGAAGGAGGCCACCGGGGUCUCUGCUGCCUUUUAUCUGCAUCCCUCCCUUGCUCCCCUCUGGGUCUUCCCUUCAACAAGGCCUAUGAUGUGGUUGCCCCGGGGACCUUGGGUACUCACUGGUUCUGGUAGUUGGACUUUCUAUAAAACAAGAGUCAAACCCA